AUGACUUCUCGAGAAAAUAUCACAGCACAGACUACGUUACCUUCAGCAAGGACUUCACGAAAGCAAAAUAUAGAGAAAGAUCCUGAAGUUGAUGAAACUUUGCAUUUCUUGAGGGAGAUUACGUCUAAAGCAGGGCAACGCGAUGAUGCUAAUAUAUUUGCGGACUAUAUAAGUAGCAAGUUAAGGAAGAUGGAAUAUUACACGAUGUACAGUAAAACAUCAAAUCCAGAAUAUUAUCUAUGA